AUGCUUCUAUACAAACUGGUUUUUCUGUUCAAGAACCAGAAAUCGGAAACAGCGCCUACUCCCACCUCCAUAUCUUUUUUUUUUCCAUUUUCCAAUUUCCUUGAACAAGGAGCAAUUCUAUAUGUAAAUAUUAUUAAUCUAUACACAUUUCAUAUGUAAGUGUGUGCUCUGUCUCAAAAUCAACAGGACACUCUUCUUCUGCUCUUUCCAUCGCCAUUUUGUCAACUUGUGCGGCCUCUAGUUUUCUGUGUCUACAGAACUUUUAUGAACGCUCUCAAAUGUCCAAACGAUAAAACUUUCACCAUUUUUUUUCUUCUCCUCCCUUUUCAGACAUUCUUUGCCUCUAACUCCCGACUGUUGCUUGUCCUUUGUUUAUGACAGCUCUUCUCUUGCGAUUCUUGGUUUGCUCAACUACUAUAAAUUUCUGGAUUCCAGCUUCAGGGUUUGAUGGAUGCUAAACCCAGUUCCAAUGCUCAAAGAGAAAAAGCAAUAAACGUGGUGGAGAGAAAAAGCGGUAAUGGAGAAGUGGUGAUAACAGUUUCAGGCGAAGGAAAAGCUCAAGACCCAAAAGUCUCUUCUUCUGAAUGUUUAGGUCCUGGAGAGAGCAGAGAGGAUUGCUUGCCCACGGCAGCAGGAGAGUCUAUGCUGAUUAGCUGUUCUUCUCCAGAGAUUGCAAGGUUCAGUCCAAGCUCAAACAAGCCACCCAAAAUCCCCACUAGAAAUGAAACCCUUACUCGAAGAAAAUCACUUGCAAGGUCUUUACACUCAAAACCCAAGUCAAGAUUUGUAGAACAAUCUUAUGCUGUUGAUCCCAAUACGCUUGAUGAAGAUGACAUUUUAAGUCUAAGAGAACAGAUAGGGGCAAAUUCACCUUCUAGGCAUUCUUUUGAUAGGGGCUCCCCAAAUAACAUUUCUGGGAGAAGUAUUAGGACGAAUUCAAUGACCCCCAAAACUCCUCUUGUGCCACAUCCUGGGGAGGAUGAGAAUGACGAUGAGGAGAUUUACAAGAAGGUUAAACGGAAUAAAGAGAAGCGUGGGAGAGUGAGUGCUAAACUUUCAAUAGAGUUAGUUUUAUUUGCUUGCUUGGUAGGGCUUCUUGCCGCUAGUUUAACCGUCAAUACGUUGGAGAAGUUUGUUAUUUGGGGUUUGGAGAUUUGGAAAUGGUGUGUGCUUGUGAUGGUAAUAUUCUCUGGCAUGCUACUUACCAAUUGGUUUAUGCACUUUGUUGUGUUCUUGAUUGAGAAAAACUUUUUGUUGCAAAAGAAGGUACUUUAUUUUGUUCAUGGUUUAAAGAAGAGUGUUCAGGUUUUUAUUUGGUUGAGUUUGAUUCUUAUCACAUGGGUUUUGUUGUUCAAACAUGGAGUAAAACGGUCGGAUACUGCCAUGAUGUUUCUAAACUGUGUGACUCGGACUCUUAUUUCUCUCCUCAUUGGGGCAUUCUUGUGGCUGGUGAAAACUUUAUUGCUAAAGAUCUUGGCUUCCAGUUUCAAUGUCAACAACUUCUUUGAUAGAAUUCAGGAAUCAGUCUUCCAUCAAUAUGUUCUGCAGAUCCUCUCUGGACCUCCCCUCAUGGAGGAGGCUGAGAGGGUUCAUAGAUCAGAAAGCACUGGACAGUUGAGCAUCAGAAGUACAAAGAAAGGCAAGGAGGAGAAAGAUAAGAAGUUCAUUGAUAUGGCAACGGUUCACAAGUUGAAGCAAGAAAAGGUUUCAGCUUGGACAAUGAGGACAUUGGUUGAGGCAGUGAGAACUUCAGGGCUGUCUACAAUAUCUAAUGCAUUGGAUGAAAGUGCUGUUGGUGAUGGUGGUGAGCAAACGGAUAAAGAGAUCACCAGUGAGAUGGAAGCAAUUGCUGCUGCAUACUACAUUUUCAAGAAUGUUUCUCAUAAUGGGCGAUAUAUUGAUGAGGAUGACCUGCUGAGAUUCAUGAUUAAGGAGGAGGUGGAUCUUGUAUUUCCAUCCUUUACAGUAUCAGAGACUGGACAAAUAGACAGGAAAUCUCUGACAGAUUGGGUGGUGAAAGUUUACAAAGGCCGCAAAGCAUUAGCACAUGCUUUAAAUGACACCAAAACAGCUGUAAAGCAGUUGAACAAACUUGUUUCAGGGAUUCUGAUUGUUGUGACCAUUAUUAUAUGGCUUCUUCUGAUGGAAAUUGCAACAACGAAGGUGAUUUUGUUCCUCUCAUCGCAGCUAGUGGUGGUGGCUUUCAUAUUUGGAAACACCUGCAAGACCAUUUUUGAAGCUAUUAUAUUUGUAUUUGUGAUGCAUCCAUUUGAUGUUGGUGAUCGUUGUGUUGUUGAUGGCAUCCAGUUGUUGGUUGAAGAAAUGAAUAUCUUAACAACAGUAUUCCUGAAGCUUAAUAAUGAGAAGGUAUUCUAUCCAAAUACGGUUUUAGCUACGAAGCCUAUCAGCAAUUACUAUAGAAGCCCAGAGAUGGGUGAUACCGUGGACUUCUCUAUUGAUUUUGCAACACCAUUGAAGAAGAUUGGGGAUCUAAAAGAUAAAAUAAGGAACUAUUUGGAGAAAAAUUCUCAACAUUGGCAACUUAACCACAACGUGGUGGUGAUGGAAAUCGAGGACGUGAACAAGUUAAAGAUGGCUUUGUACUGUAAUCACACAAUAAAUUUUCAAGACUGGGGCGAGAAGAACAGGCGAAGAACAGAACUAGUGAUUGAAAUGAAGAAAAUGUUCGAGGAACUGGGUAUAAAAUACUAUCUCCUUCCCCAACAAGUUCAUCUCAAUCGUAUUGGACCAGAAUUAGCAGCUGAGAUAGCUCGUGUUUGAAGAAUGGUUUUGAUCAUGAACCGAAUUCUCAAUUUCAGCCUAUGGAUUGCGAAGAAUCAGCAGAUGCUACAAGGAAAGAAUGUCGAAUUGAUUGGUAGAGAUGUAGCUGUUUUGUUAUGUGUAACUUUGAAAAUGAAUGAAUCGAACACGAGAAAUUGAAGAACCCUAUUUAGAGAAUGUACCAAAUGAGCUGAACCCAGUUGGUUGCCGUAACCGUACUUUUAAGUCGUGGUUAGCACUUUAUUAGUAUCUUGAGCUUGUGUCAUAUAGCAAGCAUCGAAAGUUAUUCAAUCUAUUAGGUUGAAAAUUUUGUUAGCUCUUAUGACUUUAUAUCUUAUUAGGGUUGUAUUAGGAUGGUGAAUGGUUUGGACUUGGUUAUGCUUUUGCAUUAUAUUGUGUUUCAAAGUUGUUGAUGAA